GUCCCAACGAGAACGUGUAAAGAGAAACUUAAGUUUUGGGAAAACGCUCGCCAGAGGGUCUGCAAACAGACCCUAUAUGCCCAGGAGGUCCUCCAAAUACUGUGUAAAAAGAAACUUAAGUUGUAGGGUUCCCCAUAAGAGGUUUGCAAGCAGGUGCCUAAUUAAGGGGGAUGCCCUCUGAGUAAUCGAUAGACUCAUAAGUUCUUGGGGGGGGUACCCCGUAUACAAACUUGUAAAUAUACGUGUUUGAGUGUCAGAGAGCCCUCAGAAAAAUAGUGUGAAUCGGCCCUUAGGUUCGGGGGGUGGGCGGGCAUAAAUAUGGGGUUAGGAAUUAGGAGUUUGCCAAUAGACACUUGGGUUCUGGGAGAGUCCCGGAAAGGGUCAUGUGGAGAAAUGCACUAGUGCUGACGAAGCUGCCCGGAGAAUGCCUAGUUAGAUUCCUGGCAUCUGCGAGGUGUCCGUCAGAGUCCUGUGAACACAGACUGGCUUCAGGCAUUUUGGGAGAAUCCUCAAAGGAGCCUGGAAAUAUUGGGGGUCCCCACAUUGCAUGUAGGUGGACUCAAAUUCUGGGGAGCUCCCCCAAAGAGCUGUCAAGCAGACGCAGGCAACCAUGUCUGAGUCUGGCCACAGUCAGCCUGGGCUCUAUGGGAUAGAGAGGCGGCGACGGUGGAAGGAGCCUGGCCCUGGUGGCCCCCAGAACCUCUCUGGGCCUGGUGGUCGGGAGAGGGACUACAUUGCCCCAUGGGAGAGAGAGAGACGGGAUGGCAGCGAAGAGACCAGCUCAUCGGUCAUGCAGAAAACCCCCAUCAUCCUCUCAAAACCUCCAGCAGAGCGGUCAAAGCAGCCACCACCUCCAGCAGCCCCUGCUGCCCCACCUGCCCCAGCCCCUCUGGAGAAGCCCAUCGUCCUCAUGAAGCCGCGGGAAGAGGGGAAAGGGCCUGCGGCUGCAACAAAUGCCUCCACCCCCGAGGGCACUGCCCCCGCGCCCCCUGCAGCCCCUGCACCACCCAAGGGAGAAAAGGAGGGGCAGAGGCCUACACAGCCUGUGUACCAGAUCCAGAACCGAGGCAUGGGCACUGCCGCACCAGCAGCCAUGGACCCGGUCGUGGGCCAGGCCAAACUACUGCCCCCAGAACGCAUGAAGCACAGCAUCAAGCUGGUGGACGACCAGAUGAAUUGGUGUGACAGCGCCAUUGAGUACCUGUUGGAUCAGACUGACGUGUUGGUGGUUGGUGUCCUGGGCCUCCAGGGGACAGGCAAGUCCAUGGUCAUGUCACUAUUGUCGGCCAAUACUCCUGAGGAGGACCAGAGGGCAUAUGUUUUCCGGGCCCAGAGUGCUGAAAUGAAGGAACGUGGGGGCAACCAGACCAGUGGCAUCGACUUCUUUAUUACCCAAGAGCGGAUCGUUUUCCUGGACACACAGCCCAUCCUGAGUCCCUCCAUCUUGGACCACCUUAUCAACAAUGACCGCAAGCUGCCGCCGGAGUACAACCUGCCCCACACCUACGUUGAGAUGCAGUCACUCCAGAUUGCUGCUUUCCUCUUCACGGUCUGCCAUGUGGUGAUCGUCGUCCAGGACUGGUUCACAGACCUCAGCCUGUACAGGUUCCUCCAGACAGCCGAGAUGGUGAAGCCGUCCACCCCGUCCCCCAGCCAUGAGUCCAGCAGCUCCUCAGGCUCCGAUGAAGGCACUGAGUACUACCCCCACCUGGUCUUCCUGCAGAACAAAGCUCGUCGAGAAGACUUCUGUCCUCGAAAGCUGCGACAGAUGCACCUGAUGAUUGACCAGCUCAUGGCUCACUCGCACUUACGUUACAAGGGUACCCUGUCCAUGCUACAGUGCAAUGUCUUCCCUGGGCUCCCACCUGACUUCCUGGACUCUGAGGUCAACUUGUUCCUGGUGCCCUUCAUGGACAGCGAAGCAGAGAGUGAAAACCCACCAAGGGCAGGACCCGGCUCCAGCCCGCUCUUCUCCCUGCUCCCUGGGUACCGGGGCCACCCCAGUUUCCAGUCCUUGGUGAGCAAGCUCCGGAGCCAAGUGAUGUCCAUGGCCCGGCCACAGCUGUCACACACAAUCCUCACUGAGAAGAACUGCUGGCUUUCCUACCUGCUCUCACAGAGCCCCGAGCCUCCCCAGCCCCAACUCUAUGUGACUGUGUCCGGAGCCCACAGCAGGUCUGCAUCUCAGGUCGGCAUCAUCUCGUUUCCAGGAGCCACACAUUUGAGAGGGAACUAGCUUGGCCUUGGUGCAGCCUCUAGCGUGGCUCCCCUGGGUCUGUGGUCAGCUGGGGCCAGAAGGGGUUCUGGGGAGCACACACAGCAGCACAGCCAUUCAGGGGUGGGGACAGGGAGCUCUGUUCCUCUCACUGUCAGUGGCAGAGCCCAGGGAGGCAAGGGUCACGUAGCUGUUAACAACUAACUGUUGUAAGACUCUGGAGGGAGUUCACAGAGGCCAACACUGUGUGGGGUGGGGCGACUCGGAGUUGGACUCGGAAUUGGGGCUUGAGGCCUGGGUUCCAGACCAGGCACCCUCAGUGUGGCUCACCCGGGGUGAGCCUGGCCAGUCCCAUCAGCAUUGCUGUCUUCCAUGUGUCCGGGCCGCGGAGGUUCUGGUCUCAGGGUGUGCAGGUCGUAUGCAGUGCCUGCUUUCCCACCCGGCAAGGUCAGUGCAAGGCUGACAGGCCGCAGCCGGGGCAGCUGACUGCUGACCUCCUC